AGUUGUUUGUGAAUGCCAAGAUGGAUAUCACCGAACCUACAGUUGAUGUCACCGUCACCGCCGAAGGCGUCAUAGACAACAGCGAUGAGAUUUCCAUCAACAUCGUAUUCCUCAUCUGCACGAUAAUAAUGUUGUGUAUGGGCUUAGUUGGAAACGUGCUCGUCAUAGGCGCCGUGCUUGUGCAUAGGCGCCUACGAGUUCUGGGCAAUGUGUUCGUCAUUAACUUGGCCAUUGCCGACAUGUGCGUGACGAUCUUCGUCGACACCUUUUCCAUCGUAGGAAUCGCAACCGAUGGAAGAUUCUUCGACACCCAACAAGCGUUGUGCGACAUGGUGGGCGUGAUCUGCGUGACGUCAUGCUCAUGCUCGAUGUGGAAUAUCGGCCACAUCAGUCUCAAUCGUUACAUGCGGAUCUGUCACGGCAAAUUGUACCCAAGAGUCUACAACAGGCGCACAAUUCCCUUCAUUCUGGCCGUAACUUGGACCCUGUGUUUCCUGAUUGACUUACCAAAUCUUGUGGGUUGGGGAGCCCAUGCAUUCGAUGCUCGAAUCAUGAUGUGCACCUACGAUUACACCGAGUCCUACACCUACACACUAUACUUCAUUGGCUGGGGCUUUGGCUUUCCCUUGGUGGUAACGAGCUAUUCCUACCUUCGCAUUAUCUAUGUGGUCAAGCAGGCUGAACGCAACGCCAGAAAGGCUAACGACGUGCAGACCGUAUCAAAAGCUGUCUCGGGUACCACGCGGCCGGCAGGUACCAGCAAGGAGUCCCAAAAACGCGUGCCACGGAUCGGCAACACUGAUAUUCGUUUACUUCGGUCGGUGUUCACCAUUUGGAUCGUGUUUUUGGUGAUGUGGUCCCCUUAUGCGAUCACGGUACUGGGAGACACGCAGUAUCUGUGGCCAACUGACGUGUACGUGGUUGCAGUCAUCUUGGCGCACACUAACAGUAGCAUCAAUGGGAUACUGUAUGCUGCCACCAAUCGUCACUUCAGGGAGGGUUACGGCUAUCUGAUUCGUCGAUGCUUGCGCGGUAGAAGAGUUAGUCCCGGAGCCGUGGACACAGAGAGCACCGUUUUGAUGAGACCCCAAGAGAAAUCUACCAGCACCCGUUGAACAGGAAUUUUUCAAUAUAUUGAAGAGGUAUCAUCAAGAAACGUAACAACAAAGAUGUGUCCAAGUCGUUGAAGCUGAUCUAUUGAGGCUAGGAGGCCUCCGGCCCAGAAUUUCGAGAUUCAUCUUUCGACGAGACAUGGCUGUGACUAGUCUUCUACAGGUAUCACUCAUGUUUUAUUGAUCAGCCAGGACGGGUUCAGAAUAAUUAUGACCCUUGAAAGGGGCAAAAACUGCAAUUCCUGCCAUUUGGACAUAAACUUGGCUCGUAUACCGUCACUGAAGUGGCCACGCCCCUGUGGAUUUUCGGGGUUGCCCAGUUAAGACAACAGACAGAGGGCUAGGGACCUUGUAUAUAUAUGUACUGCUGAUUUUAAUAACUGCUAGUGAUUUUAAUGUUAAGUAAACUUUGAGGCUUACCAUGGUGAAGAUACUAGGUUUGCGAAAACACCUUGUGGGAAUAAUUUCUCAACU